AUGAUCGAAUUUCCUAAGACGCAAUCUGUGGAUAAUAUAUGCAUUCCUAAUGACGUAAAAGCAAAGCGAAGGCGUCCACUUAGUUUGCCCUCGUUCGACUUCCGCUUGAUUGCAGCAACGUUGAGGUCAAACAAAACGGAAAGUUACAAGGAUGUCCUAAACCACAGGAGAAUUGAGUUAGGUAUAGAUACUCUUAAGAGGGCAGUAUCUGCCGACAGGGAGAAAGACGAUGAAUUGGCCUAUGAGGCUUACUUCCAAGCAAUGGAUUCUAUAUUUAGUUCUCUCAAUUCUGAUCGCGAGUUUGAUAAGGAAUACAUAGAAAAACGAAUAAAUUGCCACUUGAACAAGCUCGGUUUAAGGCCAGUAGCUUACGAUAACGAUAAGGAUGUCAGUUGGAGAAGUUUUGUUAUCGAUAACGCGGUAUCAGCUGCGGUAUUAGCUAAAAAGUCAAAGAUACCGGAGUACAUCUACAGAAUGAUAACUGGUUUAUUGGACACAUUAUAUGAACUAAACUCUAAGCUAGAACUUUCUACUAAACUAAUAGGGGCUUUUGAUAAGACAGUCACGCUUUUUCUUCGCCUGGAUGGUAACUUCGAUCUCCACCAAUGGGCGUCUGAGAUUAGCUGGACAUUAUGGGAGGCGCUGCUGAGAGCUUCUAUAGCCUUUGCACAGGCUGACUCAGCUGGUACACAUAACUCACGUAGUCGCCCGCGUGACCGGGAGGAAAGUGAUUUUAAAGUAGAAACGAUAGAGAAGAGUUAA